CAGCGUUCAGUGAGGCCCGUGACUCCGUGACUGGGCUUAGGUUGUGCAUGGGGUUGUGCGUUCCGUGUGUUUCGAGUUCGGCUGCGAUCGGCUGGUGUGUACGCGAGAGGCCGAGAUAGAUGAACGUGCGUCGAGUGCGAGAAAGAUAGAAACAUAAAGAGAGAAAAACGGGAAUAUUGUGUUGUAUAUUUUCCGAGGUAAAGAAUAUCGCGAAAUUCUUCUUGAUAUAACAGAGGUUAUUCCCUUUUAUCGUGUGACAAUUCAUUAAUGGGAUACGUGCUGUGGACGAGAACGUGAAAGAAAAAAGAAAGAUAAAAACUCGGGGUGUGAUUUAUAAAACGAGACAACGUGGAUGGCAAACGACGACGACGUUCACCGGCCAGUCGUCGAGACAUUCGUAGGUGUUGGCUCUCUCGUUCGAAUGCCAGACUGAAAAUUUUCUGCACCUUCUGUACUCCGUUUGUGACGCGAAAACUGUUUUGAUUUUACGCGCCGGCUGAAACGCCAAAUUUACUAUUUCCUUCUGCUCCCUUCACUCAAAAUCACUCUUCCUACGUCGCUGAUGAAUCGUGCGUGAACCGCCAGUACCAACCGUAUAGUUGAGAUUUAAAAAAACAGCAACAAAAAACAGUACGAGGAAGGUUAGGAGCAGUGAGACUGGGCGAAGACGAAGACGACGACGACGACGACGACGACGACGACGAAUUGUCCGAGUCUCGAAACACCAGGAUGACCAGCGAGACGCAAGAGUCCGCGGUCAGCAACGUGGAGACUGAAUAUCACGAAAUCAACUCUAAGGGUGCAUGGGGCAUUCUGUAUGAGCACAUACGUAACGAAUGCGGCGAUUUCAACUACACGUGUAACGAAUCCAAGAAACCACAAAACAGGAAUUUGAAUAGAUACAGAGAUGUCGCGCCGUACGAUCACACGAGGAUCGUCCUCAAGAAAGGACAGUGCGAUUAUAUCAAUGCGAAUCUUAUAAAGUUGGAACAGGCUCAUAAACAAUACAUAUUGACCCAAGGACCACUGCCAAACACAGCUGGACACUUUUGGCUAAUGGUAUGGGAACAAAAUUCGAAAGCUGUGCUCAUGUUGAACAAAGUGAUCGAGAAGGAUCGAGUCAAGUGUCAUCAGUACUGGCCACUCGAGGGCUCGUCCGACCAUACAAUGAUGUUUCCCGACGUUGGCCUCAAAGUCGAAUACAUCAGUAGAACAGAAUCGUCCGAUUACACAACGAGAACGUUGAGAUUGACGGACGUGGGGAGCAAAGAGAGCCGAAAUAUUUUACAUUUUCACUACACAACGUGGCCCGAUUUCGGUGUACCACAAAAUCCAACCGCUUUUCUACGCUUUCUCGUUGACGUAAGACAAUCCGGUGCUCUUGAUCAAAACGUCGGACCGCCUGUUGUACACUGUUCUGCCGGUAUCGGGCGAUCUGGAACGUUUUGUUUAGUAGACACGUGUCUUGUUCUCAUCGAAGAGAAUGGAUUAAAUUCGGUAAACGUUCGCGAUGUUUUAAUCGAGAUGAGACGUUUUCGUAUGGGUCUCAUUCAAACACCGGACCAACUACGUUUCUCGUACGCUGCAAUAAUCGAGGGGGCGAAGCAACUUCCGUCCAACAACGUGAACGUGGACAAUAACGAAAUCGUGACGAAUCAUUAUGACGUUGUGAACAACGUGAGUAACUCGUCCUUGGAAGAGGAUGACGAGCCUCCGCCACUUCCUCCUCCCAGAGGCGAAUCGCUUACCCGUAGCUUGAUGGCAGAUUUAACGCCGAGUCCAGCUGAAAAUCACGAAGGAGGGGGAGGUCCGCCUGAUAAACCGCUGCCUCGUGAGCCACCAACGAACUCGGAGCCUACUACGAGCCCGCCGCCUUCAAACUCACGCUCCAUUCCCAAUAAUUUACACGAACAGGGUGAUGACAGUGUGGCAGUCCCUAGCGAAUCCUCCGGUGAUGGCGACAACUCUUUCCAGACGAUAAGUCCGCCCUCUAGCCCGGACGCCAAAAACGAGUUGCGUCGACGUCACCAGGAGAAAAAAGAGCGUCUUGCGGCGCAGGUUCGCGACAUGAAACGACGGCAGCAGCAGUCGGAAGAGUGGCAAAAGCUCAAGAGGUCAUUAUUCAAGCCCGUUACAAUAGGAAUAGGUACCGCGAUUCUCGGUGGAGGUGUUAUAGCGCUCUGCGGGUAUCUGUAUAUGCGAGGCUAAAAGUGGCGUAAACGCGACGAGAGAAAGAGAGAAAGAGAGACAGAGAGAGACCAGAUUCGAACGAUUUUUUACUCAGCUCGCCAUAACUUCCCUUCUACCAAUCCCUUGAUGAAAUAUUUAGCCAGCAGAGAAGUGAAAUAGGAAAAGCGAGAACCCGCUAAAAAAAAGAGAGAAAAUCAUACAAUAUGUUCGUAACACGGAGAAGCGAAAAACCAGAAAUGCAAAAGUUUGCGAGUAACAGUUAAAGACUGAGAAGACAUAAAAAGGAGGAACAAACGAUGAUAAAAGAGAUAAAGACAGGGAGAAAAUAAACUCGGAGGGGGGGGGGGGGGAGGUUGACAGAAAAAAGAACGAAAGUAGAAAAACGGAGAAAGGGAUACUGUAUUUGUAUUUUUAUAUUGUGAUUUCCCCCCUCGCCCGCCCCCGCCCCUGCUCGAAACGAGUGCCGUAGGAUGCUGAAAGAGAUUUUAUCUCCUUUAGAAAUGAUAUUUCAAUUCGAUCAAACGUAAGGAACUAUAGAAAAAUCGAAAAAGUUUUUUCAAUGAAUUUUCCCUUCGAGAGCCUUGAGAAUAUUGCUGAGUCUACGUUAUUCGGAUAAGUUGUUUAAAAACGAGGAAAUCAGUCAAUAUCGGCACUCCUCGAGACUCUCGCAGGGGAAUUCGCGUGAAUGUGAUCCGCCGAAGAUACAAAAAUGAUCAUUUCUUCGGUUCGGUCACAUGAUCGGGGCAGUGGGAAGGAGUUUUAGGGAGAAAAAGUAUAACAAUAAUCUCGCGAAAAAAAAUAAACGAAAGGAUCGGACGUCCCAAAAAAACUUCUCGAUUACGAUUGAAAAGUAAAAUGCGAGUACUGAUCUUCAGGGUAUUGCAAAGCAUUCAGUUAGCAACUAGAACGAAACAAUUUCCUGUUAGCAAUUCCUGUUAAAUACCUGGUAAUUAUAUCUGUUAGAAUAGCGAUAACGGCAGGCGCCAUAGACUUAAAAAACGCAAAGAAUCGUUCACGUAUGUUUUGCAAAUACGGUCUCAACCGAACCAUCGGAACUGCAGAUGGCUCGAAUUUUAACAGAAAUCUGAAUUAAUUAGCCAUUUUCAACGGGAUAUUAAAAUUAUUUACGCCAAUGGUUAUAUCAAAAAUUGUCCAAUCAAUUGAUUCUUCAAGCAAAAGAGUUUUCAAGGUUCUCUAGUGGAUUCAGCAUCACAAUGUACGGGAUGUUUAGCGAAAUAUUUUUUUCCCGUUGGAUUGUUUCUGGAAAUGCUGAAAAAUAAAUAAUAAAAAUCGAUAACGGGGCUAGGUUGAACCAUGAGAAAACGUUAAUUCGUUAUUGUGUAUCUAUUCUGAAAGUGGCUUGAUUUUUCAAAAAUUCUUGUUAAUACGGUGAACACCGGAAGUCCGAUGAAAAACUAUUUUGUAUCUGAAUAUCCUGAGAAAUCUCCUGAGAGCAAAAGCAAAAUUGAUUGAGGAAUUGACGUGCAGCGAAAGGUAAAGAUGAGAAGCUCGCAGUUUUGAAACACUUUGAAAAUCGAAGCCGGUGUUUUUUCCUUCGGUUUAUUUUUGACCGUUAUCGCGGUUGCCCGAACGACGCGAUAAGAGAACGGUGGCUCACGAAGAACGUUGCAGUAUGGAAGUCAUGAAAAAAUACACAUUCCUGGCAAGCGUGCGAGUGAACGCUGCUCUAAGAAGAAAAAUUCCCCACGCGAUAAUGCGGCAAAGCUCAUUUUCGUUUUUCUCGAAUAAAAAGCAUGAUCGUUCGCAUAUAAAAGAAUGAGCGCCAAUUUCGAUUUCGAGUAACGACGUGAGGCAGAAAUGUGUGAAGGAAAUUUUAGAAAGGUACCUAGCGAUGGCCCCACGUUCCACCCCACGUAUACACUUACCCGGCCAACCGUUAGAAAGACUGAGUACGAUAAAAAAAAUGAAGUAAAAAAAAAAGUAAAGAAACAAAAGAAAAACGGUUUUUACGAGUAGCGGAAGGAUUUUUUAAAGUAAAGAAAUAAUAAAACGUUACGCGAAUGAGUAUAAGAGAAAAGAAAGUGGGAAAUCUGGCGUUACUAUAUCCUCGAAGUCCAGUUUCUCGUACACAAACACGUAUAUUGAUUAUACAUGUAGUGACCAAGGGAGUCGGAUACUUAAUAACGUUUUGCGAUCGGAAAAAGCCUUUUUUCAAUUGGAUAAUGUAGUUCCUAGUGGUUUAACCAAACUCAAUUACUCUCACGACAUUUCCGAGGCUUGGGUAAUAAUUCGAUACAAAUUUGUGAAUGCCUUCAAUAAAUUAAUCACGUUCUUCAACCGGGUAAAUGUUUUUCGUAUUUUUUAUCCACCGGAGAAUGAAACUUUCCGGCGGAAAAUAGAGGUUCGAAUUUCUGUCGAACGUUACAUCGUUAAAUAAUAUCGAAAAAUUUUCGAGAGUCUUUGAAAAACGUAAUUUUGUUAUUAAUUAAUUACUCGCGUAUCUGACUCCCUCGAUUAACUUAACCAGUAGGUCAUUCCCGACACGAGUAUUCAUUCAUAUAAUAAGUAUGUGAAAUAGAGGAUGAUUCUUUAUUCGCGCAACUGUGAGAAAGUGAGCGGUUGUUGAUACGGAGACACGAGGAAAUAUUAUACGCAGACAAAAGCGCUUCGUCUUCUUUGCGAACUGUGUAUUGAGGAAACAGAAAAGGGGAAGAGAGAGAGAACGAGCGAUGAAAGGUAAAGGAGAAAAAUAUUUGGGGACAGUGGGUCGUUUUCCGCUAAUUUCACCGAGUUCGUUUUGGUACUAAAAAACAUUUAACAUUAAACUUAAAUUUUGAAAUGGGACAACCGCCCAAAAAAUUCAGCAGCGUUGCUCCAACGAAUCGGUAGCCAUUCAUAUUUCUUGUGCUCAUUUGAUUUUUAUUCUCCCACUUCGAUUUUCUUGUACGCGAAAGCUUUCUCGACCGUUAUAAAUGUUCCGUAAUACAGAGUUUCGAAAUUUUCAUGCAGCGCUGCUUCACAAUAAUUCUUGAGGAGUUCAGAAUCGUUUUCAGCCCGAUUGGAAGUACAAUUUUUUUAUAUUUCAUUGGAGCAUCGCUGUCAACUCCAACGUGCCAUAAUAUUUAACGAAAACCGUAAAUCUCGAGAGAGAGAAAAAAAGGCGAAAAGCUCUCGUGGAUCAUUUUUGUUUGAGGGUUUUCAAGAAGACACGGUGCUAAUGAAAAAGUUCCAAGGCAGAGACGAUAAAAGCGCGUUGAAUAGAAAGAAAAAAGACAAGAAAGAGAGGGAGGAAGUGAGAAGCGUAGAACCAAUGGAAGGAACGGAGCGAUUGAGACACAAUCGGGUUUGAGAGAGACUCGGCAAGUGAACAACGGUGAGGUUUGAGUAAAAUCACAAGAAGUUAGAAUGGCGAAUCCGCGAUUGAAGGGAUCAGGAAAACAGAGAAAGAGAGAUAACGGUAAACAAAGCUCGAUGCAAUAUUUCCUUCGUACACUCUACGGUCCACGAUAUAAAAAAUAAUUAAUAUACUUAUAACACUUAUGAAAAAAAAAAACAAAAAACAAAAAACACACUGUUUAUUAACUCUUGCCGCAAUGAAUCAUAGCAAAGUGCCUACGCGUACAAAAGAAACACACAUAAACCAAGUGAGACGACAAAAAGAAACACGAAAGAAGCAGUAAAAACAAAACUACCGAAAAGCUUAACAAACUAUACUUACAUAAAUCAUCAUCCGAAGAAAUCGUUAUACACUACCAUCGGUCAAGCAAAGAACAUCAUUUAUUUCGUUUUUUUCUUCUUUCAAUAAUCGACAAUAUUUAAUAAAUAGUUACACAGUUAAAUAUUACCUCCUAAGAAUGUUCGCCGUAGAAAGGGCUUUUAAAAAAAUACGAAGCAGCCCUUAUCUACUGGCUUAAUUCACAAUGGUCUCGCGACUCGAAUAGUUAUUCUAUUUAAAUGGUAUAUAUCUAUUGUAGGGAAUGUACCCUUUUUCCGAGAGUGCUCUUUUUUCGUACACGGUAUACUUUGAAUUGUACCCCAAAAAAAUAAUGAAAGAUCGAGGAAAAAAACUACAAAUUCCUUAGAAUCGAGGGGCGAUUGCAACGCCGAAUGAUAAAUCUUCAUACGAGUAUAGACGAGAGCAAAGCAUAAUAAGGGGAAAAACUUGGUAUAAACCGCAAUCCCUUCUGAUUACGUGGACACUUGUUUAGUCAUUUAGAGAUUAUCGUCACCAUCCACGAUCCCCUUUGAAUUCUUUAAAACUCGAAGAAAAAACCUAAAAAAAAGCAACCCUUACUCUCCACACACGAAAACCCUUUGAUCGUUGCCGUUGACUCGCAUCCAAUCGUAAACUUUGUAGAAAUAUUGAAACAAUAAGUAAAGAGAGGAACAAAAAAAGAACGAAUGAGAAUUGAGAAUGCAGUGAGCGUAAUUUUUGCACGUUAAUAAAAAAGAAAAAGAUAAAACGAAGAAGAGUUAUACAAAAAGUAUCAACGCGCUACCGAUAGGGAAUUCGUCGAGCUCCUGUGCUUUAAUGUCUCUUUAUAUCUUUGUUUUUAUUCAUUACAUUCGUUUCUAUAUUUUUCUAUGCUUUUUAUCUUAAUUGUUAUUUAAGGAUACAUCGUAUUUCUUAUAUUUGGUAAAAAAAAAAAAAACAAACAAACAAAAAAGAAAGAAAAAAAACUCUUUCCGAACUCUCGAAAUAUCAUAUUAUCAAAAGCCAGGCCAUCGUACUUUCGUCGAUUCGCUUAUUUUACACUCUUCGUCAUCGUUAUCGUUACUGUCACAAUCAAUUUGCCCGUUCAAUCCCUUCCACCAACAUUGUAUAAUUCAUAACUCAUUUUUUGACAGGGAAGAUCGGUUAUACAUACUUUAAUUAGCAAACAAUAAAGGGAGGCUUCGAAUCCAUUAUUUUUCGUCCGUUCAUCACGCGAUGUGAUAAAUUUCAACAGAACAAACAAAAGAUAAACACAAACUAUGUAAUAUAUUAUGUAAUAUAAAUUUAUAUUAUAUAAUAUAACAAAAAAAAUA